CGCGGUCGGGCCGGGAGCUGAGGCGCCGGAGCGGGGCAGGUGCGGGAGCCGCCACCGCCGCUGCCCACGGGGCGGGGGAGCCGGCAGCGGCCCCGGGCCCUAUGGUGCCGGGCGGGACCCGGACCCCGCUCCCCGCCUUCGAACGGGGCCCGCGGAGCGCCGCGGAGCGCAGCCCGCCGGGCCCGGCACUCGGUGGGCAUGAGGACCCUGCCGAUCCUGCUGCUCUCGCUCUGCUGCAGCCUGCGGCGGGUGAAUGGUGUCCAUCCAGAAUGCAGAUUGAAGCUGGAGAUUCACAAGGAGGAAACAAGGUGCAUGGAACUUCUAAAGAAUGCAAAGCCAGUGGACUACAAAGGAUGUGCUGGAGUUUGGGAUAACAUCACCUGUUGGCAUCCUGCGAAGAUUGGAGAGACUGUCACUGUCCCUUGUCCAAAAGUAUUUAGCCUUUUUUCUGGCAAACCAGGAAAUAUUAGCAAAAAUUGUACAAGUAAUGGAUGGUCGGAUAUCUUUCCUGACAUCAUAAGUACUUGUGGAUACAAUGACUAUGAAGAUGAAUAUAAGGUCAACUUCUAUGUGAGGGUGAAAGCAAUUUACACUCUUGGAUACAGCGUAUCUCUGAUUGCUCUUACAACAGGAAGUAUAAUUCUUUGCCUUUUCAGGAAACUUCAUUGUACUCGGAACUACAUCCAUCUGAACCUGUUCCUCUCUUUCAUUCUAAGAGCCAUCUCUGUUUUAGUCAAGGAUGAUAUUCUCUAUUCCAGCUCCAACACAGCUCACUGUCCAGAGGAUCAAACCUCAUGGGUGGGCUGCAAGGCAAUUCUGGUGUUUUUUCAGUAUGGUGUCAUGGCAAACUUUUACUGGCUCUUAGUAGAAGGACUUUACCUCCACAUCCUCCUUGUGCUAAUAUUCUCCCCCAACAGACACUUCACAAUCUACCUGCUGAUAGGAUGGGGAAUUCCUACGAUAUUCAUUAUUACGUGGACAGUGACACGGAUCAUUUUAGAGGACACUGGUUGCUGGGAUACAAAUGAGCAUGGUGGUCCCUGGUGGGUUAUACGAAUACCAAUUUUAAUUUCUAUUAUAGUGAAUUUUAUACUUUUCAUUAGCAUUAUAAGAAUCUUACUGCAGAAGUUAAGAUCUCCAGAUGUUGGAGGAAAUGACCAGUCCCAGUACAAGAGACUUGCAAAAUCCACAUUGUUGCUUAUUCCGUUAUUUGGAGUUCACUAUACAGUGUUUGCUCUAUUUCCUGACCGCAGUUCCAACAAUUAUAAAAUAAUCUUUGAGUUGUGUUUGGGAUCUUUUCAGGGGUUGAUUGUUGCAGUCCUGUAUUGCUUUUUGAACAGUGAAGUGCAGGGGGAGCUGAAAAGAAAGUGGCGGAGUUUGUGCUGGAAGCAGACAGCAGGCAGAGAUUACAGACUCCACAGCUCGUCCAUUUCUCGAAAUGGAUCAGAAAGUGUUUCCCAACUCCACCGGAAUUCGAGAGCUCACUCAUUUAUGCAGACAGAGACCACCAUGAUAUAAAUGAGCUAGUUCCCCCAAAACAUGAAAAACUGUGGGAUAUAUCAUUCAUUAUGCAGCUUGAUGUGAUAUUUUAUAAAAUGUACAGUUUUGUGCUUUGCUUUUAUACAUGUUGGUAUUUCGGGAAUUGGUUUGUGCAGCCAACCUGUUAAUAACAGAGAAGCCUGGAUACUUUCUGUUUUGUUUAAAUGGUAUUCAUAUUAAUUCUGAUAUUCUCUUGCAGUUUACUAGCUGUAACAAUUCAAAAAUUCAUUGUUCAUAAAAGUCCCUUUCCCUUCCAACACAGCUGCAAGAUCAAUGCAGGGUGUCCUGCUCAAUGCAGACUGCUUUGCCACAUGUAAGGGUUAAGAUGGGAAGCAAGAUAAUUUCUUACACUUUAUUUAUACUUAAGGAAACAUUGCCUUGAGGAUUAGGAAAUUCUUUUCUAAUUAUGGAAAAUAAAAUUAGAAAAAAAAAUCUAAGACCAUAAUUAACCACAGUGGGAGUUUAGUGUGCUAAUCCAGGAAAUCAUGAACAUGAUUUACACAGGGGGAAAAAGGUAGUAAUUCUAGGCUAAUGGCAUAAAUUUCAGAGAUUACUUUCUACAGACUUCAAUUCCAAUCCUGUUGUCACUUUCAAAAAUGCCCAGUUUAAUGUUUGGGUGCAGAAUGUAGGGCUAUCUUUGCAGUCCAUACAGAAAAGACUACUAUAUCAGUUUUGAAUAAAACUGCACCAUUUCCCAAUAGUGCUAAUGCAAUCAUCAGUUGUUUUUCUGUUUUAAGUCAGAAAUUGUGUUGAUCUUUCAUUAAGCAAUUUUCUGAAGAGGUAUGUUUUAUUGCUAAAGCAGCCUGGCAUAGGAUAAACGGCCUUGGAUAGCACAUUGCACGGUGAAAACACUGGUUUUUUACAGUAUUAUCACUGAAAUACGUCUCUAGGACUACAUAUUUGACUGCAAAACACAAGGACUAUUGCAGUGAAGUUACAACUCACAUUUAACAAAAAAUGUAAAUUCUUUUAGGUUUAUUCGGUUCUAUAUCUAUCUGAAAUGACUCAAAAUUUAGUCCUGACCAUGACUCCAGAAAAAAACAAUUAGACAGAAUCCCUAAAAAUUACCAUAAAAGGCAUAAAGAAGGACUCUUCAACAAUGCCAAGCCUACUUAAAAAAAAAAAAAAAGGCAGAGAACUGACUGAGUCUUAUAAAAAUACACAGAACAUUUCCACUCUUUAAAAGAAAUAAACCAAAUGAUGUUUUCUUCCCAUGUCACGUUUAACCAUAUCCACCCUACAUUGCAAGUGGGAAUACAGUGUAUUUGCAUGAGUACCUCCAUACAAGCCAUUGCCCUCUUAUUUCAGAUAACAGAUUGUAUGGAGCCAGCAGAAUCCAAGGUCCCUACUCUUGUCAGAUAAAGGUAAGAACAGCAGCAAGGGCGUCUCUUGGCAGGCAUAUUUGUACAUCCUUGAAAAUAUUACCAGUACUGGGAAUAUUGUCAGCAGGUGUCAAAGUGUCCCUACAACUCUUGGUCUGAUUUAAUCCAGCUGUUUAUCAGUCAAACACAAUUUUUUUUUAAUGGGAUUGCCCUGGAGUGAUAGAAAGUUUUGUCAGACCAAAGAUAGAGAGGCCCCCAUGUAGUUCACAUUACUGCAGAAUGUGGUAUUACCAGUAGGUAUCAUUUGAGUUAAACAACAAUCACUCAAUGAAUUGUUACUCGCAACACUCGAAUUCAAAGAAGCUCUUGAUCACUUCCAGAUCAUUCAGAGUGUUUUCUGCUUGGCAAAGUAGCUAUGAGAUUCUGGAUUCUGGAAGUAGGCUGCCCAAGGACGUUCCCAUGAGGUCUUAAAGAUGUCCCCCUAAACAUGUAUUUAAACUAAAUAUAUUCCCAAAGACUCUAGACUGAGGAAACACUGCUAAACUUUAGUAUUUUUCCUGGAUUUCUGGAAAAACUUACCACAAACUCUUAACUGCAAAUUUAUGAAGACCCAUUGGAGCUUUGGAAGUUGCUUUUAUACCUAAAUUAAACACAUCAGUGCACUUUAGGCUUCUUUGUCUGAAGUGUCAUUGGGACUGCUCAGCUCCCUGAGAUGUGACAUGCAGGAUGUUCUUUUUUUCCCUAAAUUUCUAGUGUACAAAGGCACAUGUGACAAGCUUUCAAGUGUGCUCAUCUUUUUGCUCAAAUGAGGGUAUGUGAGCGAGUUGACACACAGACAGAAUCAUAGCACAGAAACAGAGGUUUCAAGCAGUCAUUUCCAUCAGUCUGUUCUGCAGGAUGCAUCACCAAUUAUACAUGUUUGUAACACAUUGUAUCCUAGAGAAAACUUUGUUCUAAUUAAGUGAGCAUGGAGAAAAUCUGCACUUUUAAUUAUUUCUGGGUUAUAAAAAAGAAAAGCCUUAAUAAGAAAAUACAUUUUAUAUUGCAACAAACCAGCAUCGUUUCCUCUAACAGGGUGCAGAUGCAUUUGGGCUUGAUUCUACUUUUCAUGUAGGGUGAAAUGCCACGAGACAAUGAAGUUUUGCCAGUGGGAGAACAUAGAGGGCAUCACUUAAGUUUGUAAAGGACUGUGUGGACAUGCAAAGAAUGGCACACAGGGGACAGAGGUGCUGUAUAUAUUUUUCUUUCAAACUAAUGAAAAGUACGGUACUUUGGAGAACCUCAUCCCUCUAUUAAUAAUCUAAAUACAGAUAAUUUGAAUAUUGUUUUGUGAGACAGUUUAACCUCAUAAUGCUUUGUGUAGAGGGCACUGUGCUCACUUGCUUUUACCCCCAGAAAAUUUCUGAUUUCCAAAUAACUUUAUGCAAAGUUACAGCAUCAACCCUAUCAUCACCAGUUUGACUUACAGCUGCCUUUUCAUGCACAGAUACACAUUAUAUAAAAAUUUCUGUAAAAGGUGCAGAACAGUUUGACAAAUGUAGGACUUGAUCAGUGUUUUGCAUCUUUACAACACCCAGAAUGAGACAGCUUCUCAUGGUAUUGUCUUUCAUUGCAUUUUACCAAGGAGUAUGGGAUUAGAUGUUUUUUCUCUGUGUUGUGGUGACUCUAAAGAGUCAAAAGAACAAUGCAAUGUUCAUGGCCUUCUGUCAUCCCUAAUCCUAGUUCUCAGUCCUACCAACAUCAGGGGAGGAAGUAGAGGCUGCAAGACAAGUGUAACCUUUCCCUGCACCUCCCCUUCUUUAUUCCUUUACUUCAUUUUUCCCUUUGGUUCCAUCAGGGUCCAAACUGAGUUGUAAAGUUUUCAGAGCAGGAAACUGGGGUUUUUUGUCCGUUCCCACUGAAAAGCCAGUAGCACAGCUUGUAUUUACUGAGCAAGAAUGGUUCAGUUCACUCCCAGUACUGUGGUUAAUUGUUGUGCUUUACCUCCCCUAGAGGCACCAUUAAUUCUGAGUGAUUUCUGUUAGCAUUACCUGCUGCUGAUGCCUGAGGAACACAGUGACAGCUUGCUCUCCACUUACUAACCACAACUUAAAAAUAUAUAUGGACACUGACUUAAAUUUUCCUCUGCAGAGUCAAUUUCAGCUGGGUGCUUGAUAAACUCAGGUGAAAUUCAUCUGACCUGGUUUUGGUGUCUAAAAGCUGCAUGCUUGUCUCUGAGCUAAAGACUCUUUUGAAGUGCCUUCCAUAGUCAUCAUAGAGAAAUAGGCACUAGUUGAAGAUGAUUCCUUCCAUGUUCAACUGGACAUCUGGGGUAGGUAAGCUGGACCUAGUUUUCUCUGUACUUACUAUAAAAUGAGCCUGGGGUAGCUGGCUAGUACUUAAAUUUCUCACUCCAUAUUCUGAAUUAGGUAAGAUGUAUCCCUCCAGAUCAUGAAGUUAUCUGGGUAAUGUUACAUAGAUACCUCUUUUUAAGCCAGUUAACUAGGGUUGGCCUAACUCAUCCUCCAAGAAAUGUGCAGUGUAGCUCAAAAGGUCAGGUAGUGGAGGAUCCCACAGUUCAUUUGGUCAGCUGUCCGUUCCUUCCAUGAUAAAGCCCAUAGUUUUAUGUCCCAUUUUGAUUUGCCUGGCCUCAGCUUCCAACAAAUGUUUGUUGUUUUGGCUUAGGUGUUUGGCUUUUUGACUUUUGUAGAGGCACCAUAUGCUAAAAGAAAGUGCUUUAGAGUACCUGGAAUUCUCUUUAUGUCAUGUGCUGCAGGUAGCCAGCUGAGGAAUACCCAGUUUAAGCUUGUGAUGGGACUGUACUGUAGCAGCAAUAGAUAACUGGUGGCAAAAAGCAUUUCAAAAAACCUCCUACAGUCAAGUUGGAGCCAGCCUGCCCCACUCUGUAGCAUCUGCUCCACAUCCUGAUUCACCCCAGGCUUCCUUUUGCCUUUAACACAAUGAAGGGAAAAGCAACAGGCAUAGACCCUCAGCAAACCCGAGACUGUCUGGGGCAGAUUGAUGAAAUAAGGCAUUGACACACUCCACGUGCAAAGACUAAGAUGAAUCAUCUGCAUCGUUUGUCUCCUAUUUUUCUAAAAAUCAUCUUCUGUUAUCUGCGAAUUUGCCCAGUCCAGCAAAGCAAUUUGGGAUAAAGUCCAAAUUCAGUCUAUACAGAUUUUUUUCAGACAUCUCUAAUGAAAAAUCAAGUACUAAAUAUGUCUGAUAAAAAGAAAGACCUGGCAAGUAAUCUGCAGAGAAAGCUGCUAUGUGUAUAAGGGUCACUGCCUGAACAAUUACUGUCUGUGCAUAGUGAUACAGGAAAUACCUUUACCAACAGAAGUACCUUCGUGUUACCAUGAGUGCCUAUAUAAGCUGUGGGCUGUCAGUACUACCCUGACAUGAUCAAAUACAGAAGUUAGGAUGCAGUGCUAUUCUGUCUAUGAAAAAAAAAAAUUCUUUAAAAAAACAAAGGUGUUCUAACAUGUAUGUUACAAGAGGAUAACAUUUAAAAGGAGCAUUCUGUGAUAUGGUUUAACCACUCUGUGUUGAAUCUGGUUCUGCCCAAUGAUAGCAGGUUGUAUUUAAAUCUAAGCCAGCAACAUUUCCAUUGUCAGCUAAAAAAAGUGACUGAAAUGUCCCAAACCCCUCUAUUUCUCAAAGCACUGUCAUAAAUUUAUGAUUUCCUGCAGCUUUUUUUGUGCUGGCACAUUAGUAUGAGUAUUACUUCAAAAUUCUCUUUUGUCAUCUUUGUUAUAACUUUAUAUCUGUCAAGUAUGGUAAAAAUUAAAGAUGAUGUAAAUGAAUGUGAUUAUUUUUUACAAAAUGUACAGAUUAUGAUGUUGUAUAGUUUAAUGUGUGUAAAUAGGUUUCAUACUGUAAUUCUCUAUGGUUUUCUUCUGGUUUUGCUCUUUUGUUCUUUUCUGGUUUCAGUUUUUAAUGUCACAUACCUAACAGCCUUCUCUGAGAUGUUAUAUAUAAAGCUGUGAACAAAUAAGUGUUUACAUCUUUAUGCUAUACAGAUAAUAGUAGUCAAUAACACCAUAAUGGACUGAAGAGGAAUCAGAGAAUAAACAUUUUAAAAGUUUUGCACAAAA